UCGUAAGAACAGGUGCUUUAACCCACAGGACGCUGGAAAAACAGAUUUAGGACGCGCUGUUUGGUCAGAUCGAGCAUCAGUCAGCGAUCGCUGCCUUGCACUUUUCCUGCUGGUCAACUUUGCUCUUUUUGUGAGAGUUUGAGGGCUUUCAGUGCUCCACAGCACCAACAACAGGCGCGGCGAAGGCGUGCAGAUCUGCCGAAGGAGCACAAUGCUGCUGGAGUCUUAGAGCGCCCCUGUUCAUCUGCAGCGAAGCAUAGGAAAAAAGAAACGGAGCAGGGUGAGAGCGAGCAUCCUGUACUCAGCCACAGACCAAGAGACGAGGGCUGGGCAGCGAAGCACAUCGCUGGACCUGUAAACAAUACGGGAUUACCUUGUUCACUGAAUAAUAGCACAUUGCAUCGUAAAAGAGACCUCGAAGCAAAAUGUCAUCUUUGGGUAAAGAUAACAGUGGAGCUCAACACGCCAAUUACGUGGGACCGUACCGCUUAGAAAAGACACUCGGCAAGGGACAGACAGGUCUGGUGAAGCUAGGAGUCCACUGUGUCACAUGUCAGAAAGUUGCAGUGAAGAUUGUCAACCGGGAGAAGCUCAGUGAGUCUGUUCUAAUGAAGGUGGAGCGUGAGAUAGCUAUUCUGAAGCUCAUUGAACACCCACAUGUGUUAAAACUGCAUGAUGUCUAUGAAAAUAAGAAAUAUUUGUAUUUGGUCCUGGAGCACGUGUCAGGGGGGGAGCUGUUUGACUACCUGGUAAAGAAGGGCAGGUUAACACCCAAGGAAGCCAGGAAGUUCUUUCGGCAGAUCAUGUCGGCGUUGGACUUCUGUCACAGUCACUCCAUAUGCCACAGGGACCUGAAGCCAGAGAACCUGCUUCUCGACGAGAAGAACAACAUCCGUAUAGCAGACUUCGGCAUGGCCUCCCUGCAGGUCGGGGACAGUCUCUUGGAAACCAGCUGUGGGUCGCCUCACUACGCCUGCCCGGAGGUCAUCAGGGGAGAAAAAUAUGAUGGCCGGAAAGCCGAUGUGUGGAGCUGCGGGGUCAUCCUCUUCGCCCUCUUAGUGGGUGCCCUCCCGUUCGAUGAUGAUAACUUGAGGAACUUACUUGAAAAGGUGAAGCUGGGUGUAUUCCACAUGCCACACUUCAUCCCACCAGACUGCCAGAACCUUCUUCGGGGCAUGAUCGAGGUGGACGCCACCAAGCGGCUAACGUUGGAACAAAUACAGAAGCACACAUGGUACAUAGGGGGCAAGAAUGAGCCUGAGCCAGAGCAGCCUGUCCCGAGGAAGGUGACAAUCCGCACGCUACCCUCUGCUGAAGACAUUGACCCUGAUGUGCUGGACAGCAUGCACUCGCUGGGCUGCUUCCGUGACAAGAACAAACUGCUGAAGGACCUGCUGGCAGAGGAUGACAACCAGGAGAAGAUGAUUUACUUCCUUCUCUUGGAUCGCAAGGAAAGAUAUCCCAGCCAUGAAGACCAAAACCUCCCACCUCGCAGUGAUAUAGACCCCCCCAAGAAGCGUGUGGACUCACCCAUGCUGAACAGGCAUGGCAAAAGGAGGCCAGAGCGGAAGUCGAUGGAGGUGCUGAGUGUGACAGACGGGGGCUCCCCGGUGCCAGUGCGCCGGGCCAUUGACAUGGCUCAGCACGGCCAGAGGUCGCGGUCCAUCAGCGGCGCUUCCUCCGGCCUCUCCACCAGCCCCCUCAGCAGCCCCCGGCCUGUUAGGAGAUUUUUUAUCCCGCCCCGCUCGCCCAACCUCUCCCAGCCAGCCAACUGCAGCCCUGCACAUUCCCCACACACCCUAAGGGCAGGCGCACAUACCCCCAGCUCCUUUCAGCCAAUCAUGGGCCCCCUUCUGGCCAACCCCAAAACCCAGACUUUACCAGCCAAGCCCAAAGUGACCGAGAAACCCCUGCAGUCAACCCGGUCCAACCCGCUGCCCAAUGCUGGGCCUGACCCUCCCCCACCCAAAUCCGAGCCUUCUACCCCAUGUCAGCAGUUCUCCCCUGUGGUCCCCAAUAGCCCCCAGGUUCGCCGCCCCCCCCUCACCUCCCAGCUCUCCGUCCCCUACACACCCGUGCCGCCCAUGUCCCCAAUCCGGCUCCACCACUUCCACCCCAUGGUCAGCACUGACCACAGCGUCAAAUCUAUCCCCAUCGUGCAGGUGACCCCCCACCCUUCCCCCAGGGGGAGCCCCCUCCCCACCCCCAAAGGAACACCAGUGCAUACCCCCAAGGAGAGCCCAUCUGGUACCCCCAGUCCCACGCCGCCCCCCAGCCCCUCCAUUGGGGGAAUGCCCUGGAGGGCACGCCUUAACUCCAUCAAGAACAGCUUCCUGGGAUCGCCACGGUUCCACCGCAGAAAACUCCAAGUUCCUACUCAAGAGGAGAUGUCCAGCCUUACUCCAGAGUCUUCCCCUGAACUUGCCAAAAGAUCGUGGUUUGGGAACUUUAUCAACUUGGAAAAGGAGGAGCAGAUCUUUGUGGUCAUCAAGGACAAGCCCUUGAGUUCCAUCAAAGCUGACAUUGUACAUGCCUUCCUUUCAAUCCCCAGCCUUAGCCACAGCGUGAUCUCACAGACGAGUUUCCGGGCCGAGUACAAGUCCACGACCGGGCCAGCAGUGUUCCAGAAGCCUGUCAAGUUCCAGGUAGACAUCACCUACACUGAGAGCAGUGCUGCACAGAAGGAGAACGGCAUCUACUCAGUCACCUUCACGCUGCUUUCAGGACCCAGCCGGCGUUUCAAGAGGGUUGUCGAGACAAUUCAGGCGCAGUUAUUAAGCACACAUGACCAGCCCGGGGUUCAGCAACUGUCUGGCAGCCCAUUGAGUAACUUCUUUGACGUAAUUAAACAACUUUUUUCAGACGAGAAGAACGGCCAGGUGGCCCACCCGCCUGGCACGCCCAGCAAGCACUCCUCAAACAACACGAGACAUGACCCCGAGGCUAAUGACUAUGGCUCUAGAGGGGACCCUAAGUGCUCAGCAGUCAAAGACAAGGCAAAGAUGGUGACAUCUAUUGGGACACCAGAGCAGCCUUAAAACAAAAAAAAAAAAAAACAAUGUAGCAGAAACUAGAUUUAGGCCAUAAAAUCCGUAGAAAUACAGUAGCAAGUGCGUAAAUAGUCCGAGUCUAGCAAAUUGUAAAUAUCAGCCUUCUUUGGAUAUUGUCUAUAGACAAACUUUUGUAUUAUUGAAUUGCUGUACAUAAAUACAUAAAUGAAUCAAAUAUUUUGAGAAUAACCUGUUGAUGCUCUCACUCCGUACCUUAUACCUCCCCGCAUUCCUCCCACCCCUUGCCCCUCCCCCCCCGGUAAGAAAGCUCCUUUUCGCCCGAGGCACUCUGUCUACUUGACCUGUGAGUCUGUCUCUUCUUCUGCUAACAUUUGUGAUAACUGAAUUUGUUUCUACCAGGAAUUAUCCAGAAAACUUGUUAAAGCUCAGUUCCUGCUCCUCGCCAAGUAUGGUGUGAGAUGGAUGCUAGCUGGCGGAGGCGCUAUUGUCAGCAAGUGGUCGAGUUCCUGAGGAAAUGGACCACUUAUCAUUCUGAUGCAUAAACUCCAAACUGCAUAUGGCCCCGACAAUGCUGUCUGGGGACCCACCCUCCCAUCUCCGCUUACCCCAUGUGAAGGAUGAAUUUUAAACUGAGCCUCUCAGCCACGUUCCUCCUCAUUUCCAUAAUGUCUCCAUCACACAAGCGAACUCUGACACAUCCAGAGACUCUGGGAUGCUGUAUAAUAACAAGGAAUGAGCUGAUUAAAAGCGCAAAGAAAAACAUGCAUAAAAUAAGACAAUGAGAACUGCAGAAGUUUGUCGAUGGUGAACUUGGACGCUUGCUGAAUUACAUUGAUUUUUUCUUUUAAUAGACUGUGAAUGGGUUUGAAACCAUGCUGGACUAAAUAUGAUUGCUGCAAAUGGACUGAAAUCAUUAUUUCAGACGUUUUAAGGGUUUUGAUGUAUGGUGCUAGGAGAGGGAUUUUUUUGGGGGGAGGGACACACAAAUGAUCUAUUCUGUUGUACAGAUUGAAUCUGUUUCUUAUGUAAAAACGUCUAGCUGUACCAUUGUUUAUGUGUAAAGCCAGGAAAAAUUUCGUUGCCAUGUCUGCAUCCAGCAUCUCAUUGUGAAGAAAAUCAUUUUCAUUUUCUUUGUAAACUAUUUUGUCAGUGUUAUUUAUGGUGACUGGGCAAUUUGCAACUAAACUCAGAGAUUUUGUUCCCCCUUCCCUUAUUUAUGAUUUUUAUUCCAAUGUUGUCUCUUUAUUUAUUAUGAAUUCUAUGAAAAUUGUUUACAUUAUUUAUUUACAUGCUGUUACUUUUGUAUAACCAGGGAACAUCCACAGGCAUUUAUUUCCAAAUUUUAUGAAAAAACGGAUGUGUAGUGUAUGUUAAAAUAAAUAAUUUACAGGUAAAUUUAAACUGUAGACUAGCCUCAUUGCGAGGAGACCUUCUAUUGAUGUUUGUCAGUUUCAUACCAUUGUGUGUGUACAACAGAUGAAGAAAAAUGCUCUCAAUUUUUCUUGUAAAUAUUUCAAUUCUAGCAAUGGGCACAUGGAAACCCUGCUCACGGCUUUAAUCUUGUAUUACUGUGUGCAUGUUCAGCAUUGGUUUUCAUUGCAUGACACUGAUGUAAUUGUCCCAUAGAGUUUCUCUUUGCCUUAACCUCUUUUACCGUCCUGAUUCUUUUUACUGUUCUCCUCCUUUGUCGUUAUUUUCAUUUUUGUUUCUUUCGUGUUUCUCCCUGCCCUCCUUUAUUCUGAGCAUAUUUUACAAUGCUUCCUCUACACUGUACCUCUUAAUGGCUUGGGGAUUAUCGUCUGAACUAACCCAGGUGGCUGAUGCAGGAAAGGGAUUUUAAACUACAAGAAAUAAAGCAAUACCUAUUGAUAUCUUUUCUAUUUUGUACUUGGGAAGAAAAAAAAAACAUGCAGGAUAAGUACAACUUAAUAGUUGACACUGAGCAGGAAAUCAACUACAAAUGAACCCACACCCUGUACCAUAACUGUGAACGACUUCAGUACAAAUAAAUUCAUGCAGUUAUGAAGUGUCUUUUAUUAUUUUUUUUUAAUGUAUAUUUUCUGGUGUGCUAGUCUGAUGUAUUGCGCCAGUAUUUUCUUAAACAACAGAGGGUCAUGUCAUGCU